AUGCUGUCUUCCAAACCGAAGAACAGCAGCAACUCAGAGCAAGGAGAAGAUCCAGCACAUUCGCAUCAUGUACACUUUGAUCUGACCGAGACAACAGUGCAUAGAUUCACAAAGAAGUCGCCACCAUCUUCCCAACAAUUGAAUAAGACAUCUUCGAUGAAAAAGACUACCGAUAGAGCCAAAACAAAGGCCGAAUCACCCAUACUACAACUACCUGAAUCAUUAUCAACACCAUCUACUACCAUAUCUACUCACGCAAACCAGCAAACAUCGCCGAAUAUGGAAGAUGCAGGCAGUGUAUCAAACCCUUCACCCAACCAGGCUGUUGAGUUUGGUGACUUUGUAUCUGCAGAAUCUAGCAAUAGCAAUAGUAAUAUGAACAGCAGCAGCAGUAGCAUCUGUGAAGGAGACGUAGAGAAUGAAGACAAUCAGACUGCAGGAUCUGAACAACAGAAUCAUGCUUCAACUGCUGCCAAAAAGAAGAAGAAGAAGAAAUCAAAGAAAAAGCAUGCAAAUGCCAGUCUCGCUGCAGUUGAUAGUGGUGCUACCUCAGAUCAAGCUGUAGCCGUCAUAAAUGAAUCCCAGCGUGUUGUGAAAGAAUUCAUAGAUGAUUCGUCAAGUACACAGCAACCAGUAGCCAGAUCUCGUAAAUCAUCUAAUCAACCAGCAUCUCCACCUUCUCAAACCACACCAUCUAUGAAUGCUGAUGUAGCAGCUGCUGUAUUGCAUUUCAGUAAACAACAGGAGAUUGAAAAGGCCCUACGAAUGCUAGCUAAUGCACAGCAAAACAAAAACCAUCCUCUCUCAAAAUUGGCCAGCGAGAACCCAAAUCUUCUCAGUAGAUUCCUACGAACGAACUCGCAACAAUUCAGCGAUAAAAGUGAAUCGACGAAGAAACCUCGCUUAGAGUACGGUAAUGACAGCAGUAAUAAUAAUAGUGGUGACAAUAGUAGUCUUCCAAGUGCGACAUCUUCAGCCAAGUCAUCAACCAUGUCAUUACCUGCUGUUGUAUCAACACCAUCAAACUUUAUGCUGCCUGAUAUAGCACAGGUCUUGAGGCGUGACAGUAAGAUGGAUUUAGAUGCGGAGAUUGGGAGUAAACUAUUCUUUGGAUCUACUGUCACUACCAGUACUACUUCUAUUGAAAAGACGCAAGCUUUGGACGUGAUACCCGAGACAACUGAAUCAGUUGCGACAAAUGCUGUCGUUGAAGUACCAUCAUCUCCAGUGAUUACAGAUACCACUACAGCAGAAGCAGGUGUAAAUGAAUCCUUGUCUGUACCAAACACCUUACUUAUGCCACAUCCUCGACAUGAAUGGUUUGUUCGAGGACAAUACGUUUACAUAGAUAUAUUUAUGAAGAAAUUGUCAGAGUAUGGAGUGCACAUAGAAACGACCGCCAGAACGGUGAAAGUGACAUUGAACAAUCAAGAUCACCAUGUAGUUAUGUUUAUAAAUCUUAACCACGAAAUUAUACCACAGAGUGAUAUCUGUCGAGUGUCGCCAUACAAGGUUGAAAUACGGCUAGAACAGUGCAGCACAGAACAGUGGCAGGAUCUAGGCCUUGUCAAAACAUAUAUCGAGCCUCUCAUAGUAAAUGACGCUGUUGAUACUGACCGUAAGCUACCAGAACUCACCACAUUAGCAGCAGCCGAUUCUGCAUCUGCAGACGCAGAUAUUGAUGACGAUAUGCAGCUUCCAGACGAAUCUCGAAUAUCAGCUUACUUUAAAUAUCAGUAUGAUCGAGUCGCAUCGCAUGUUGGUUUGCCUAGAUCAAAGUCAUCAACACCACCCAGGAUUCCAUCUGGAUAUGACUCCGAUCCUGGCGGCCGUCGUGUUAAAGAAGGAAUACAUGCUAUGAAGUCUAGCUAUAGUGAAUCGCAACUGCCUGAAAGUGGUACUUCAUCAGUCACAGAAUACACGCAAAUGUCGCCAAGGCUAUCCACUGGUCCUUCUGUAGACCCAAUGGCAGCACAGAGACUCUUCGACGCUAUAUUUGAUCGUUUCUCUGUUGGUAGCACGACGCCACUAUCAUCUAAUGCAGUAACUCCUAUACGUCGAUCAGAGCUACUUCUUGAUGAAUAUGAUCAACCUCUUGGACAUGGUAUAUACCCUCCAAAUGCGUUUGAAAUGGCUGAAUCGUCAGAUACAGACGAUGAGCCAUCUAUGAGUUUGGCUGAUGAUGAUAAUCUACUUGAUAACGAGCCAGAUUUGAACAACCAGUUUGCUUUGACCAGGUCGUCCAAAUCUGGCUCUUCAUUACGAAUCGAUGGUCAUAGAAUAGAUGAAAUAGGAUUACAAAACGAUACAGCUCUUAGUACAAUUGUCUUUCACAAUUCCGCAUAUAAAGGUCGUCCAUGGGAUUCGGAUGAUGAGGAUCAAGAUAGUCUAGAUGGAGCCUCAAACACGUUUGCUUCAGAAGAGAAAUUGAGAGAUUGGAGCUCAGAUGUUUCCAAACACACAACAGAACCAACGAGUAUGUCUAUGGUUGAUAUGGAGCCGAUGGCAGAAGAUUACGACGAACUGCCAGCACAAGGACGACGAUCCAGUAUAGAUAUCGUAGACGACUCCUUUAAUCCUGAUUCCAGUGAUAUGGCCAAUACCGAAGAUAAUGAUACGUCCAUUGAUCGCCUUCUUGAAGGACAGUCAGCCACUAGUCGUGCUCGGAUUGAUGAAGGAGAAUCUAAACACGAUGAUUCAGAUGUCAAUGAACUAGUAGACGAUUCAAAACGCCCAGGUGACAAAGAAGCAGCACACGAUUUAAAACACCUUGGUGACAACGAACUAGUAGACACUAUCAAACACCUUGAUGAGAAUAUUCAAACACUGGACACCCUCGAAUGGAAGGAACUUGAAGUGGACGAUAUGGAUCUGACAAAAGUAGAAGGUCCAUCCGAUUCUCAAGAGAAGACCAGUUCUGAUGAUACGCUUCAGCUGGUUGAUCACUCCGAGACAUCUCAGCAGAAUGUAGAUUCCUCUAGCGAGACGGUCAAUCUCUACUCUGCAGAUAAUAUAGGAUUGAAUCAAGGCGUUGAUGAACAAAAGAGUACCGUCAACUUCGUCAAGGACAGACGCAGCAAGGAAAUGUCUCAUGGCCUGGAUAUUCCAAUAUGGGACGGCAUCAUCAAGGCUUGGGAUGCACCUACUCCUCCUUUGUACCGACCUAUUGGGCUGUUGAAUAUGGGCAAUACUUGCUUUGUGAGCAAUAUAAUCCAAUGUCUUGCUACUGUACCUGCUUUUCUCAAAUACUUUUUGAGGACUGGGAAGAAAGGAUUUCAGGCUGAUUUAAAUCCUGAUAAUCCUCUUUCUAUCAGCAAGGGAGAAGUCGCUACUGAAUUCUCCCACUUGCUGUGUCGGCUUCAUCAAGGAAAGACCCCAUUUGUUCCAAAAGAGUUUCGUGCUGUCUUGCAAAAGUAUUCAGGAGAACGAUUUGAUGAUUUUCAACAUCAUGACUCUCAUGAAUUCUUGGCAUUCCUGUUGGACAAUCUUCAUGAAGAUGUCAACAAGGUGAAAAAGAAGCCUUAUAUCGAGCUCCCAGAUUAUCCAGAUACCACACCAGACGCAGUUAUUGCGCAAGAGUUCUGGAAUGCUCAUGUGAAACGCAAUCAAUCCCCUGUUGUUGAAUUGUUUCAUGGCAUGUAUCGCUCUCGCGUGACUUGCCUUGACUGUGGGAAAGCUUCAGUCAAGUUUGACGUGCAUCAGGAACUCACACUCGAGAUUCCUGAACCACCAGUAACCUUGGAAGCUAUUUUAGUGACUGCAGAAUUUCGUAAAUUCAGAUAUCGCUUGACGUUACCCGUGACUGCCAGAAGGGCUGACGUUAUUGAGGCUUUGAGUCGAGCUUCCGGCACUCCUGUAGACUCGAUAUUUGCUACUAUACUUGAUGGAAGCCGAGUAAGAGAUCUUGUGCCAGCAGAGUGGACGAUUGAAGACUUUGACACAACCCGCGAUGAUGUCGUUUUUUACGAGUUCGAUAAUCGAAUGACAGCUAUUGCUUUCGCCCAUGAAGAUGUGCCUCCUCCAAGACUUGGUUUCAGGAGCAUGCGACGAUUUGAGUUUGGGUUUCCAAUGAUCUACCCACUUCCACCUGGCGUAUACACAGAGAAAGACUUGUAUACCACCUUGCUCAAUGAGUUUAGAGACGCUGGUAUUGUCUGUGCAGAUUUGUCGGAUGAAGACCUUCAAUCAGCCAGUCAACUAUUUUAUGUGCGAGUGGAAGAAACUCGAAGCAGUCCACUUGAUUACGACAGUGAUGAGGAUGAUGAAUUCCUUGCUCCAAAUACCGAUACUGAAAUCUUGGAGUUGGCUGAGGGUUCUGUGUUACGAAUCAGAUUGGAGUGGCCAAGUCGAAUGAAGAGCCUCUUCUACGACAAAAGGGCUGAUUGUCAUAUCCAAGACAUGUUUGACGGGCCGCCACCAUUACCCAUGGUCACUUUGGAUGAUUGCCUCAAACACUUCCUGGAAGAAGAACAAGAGAUUGAAGACUGGCAUUGUCCGAAAUGUCGAGGAACGAAAGGAGUCAAAAAGCUUGAUUUAUGGUCUCUCCCACCCAUUGUCGUCCUCCACCUGAAACGAUUCGUACGACAUCCACGAUACUUUGCAUGGCGUAAACAAGAUCGUACCGUAGACUAUCAACAAGAGAUUGAUCUCAGGCCAUAUGUUGCUCCAGAAGCCAAUAUGGUCAACCCAAUAGCAAACGGAGCUAGUGGUAUACCUGGUAGUAGUCAUAAUGGUGAUGUUGCAGGUGAUAGCAAUAGUGGUGGAGGUGGAGCUUUGGAAUAUGAGUUGUUUGCAGUGUCGAAUCAUAUCGGAACCAUGUCGGCAGGUCAUUAUACUGCUUUCUGCAAACGAGCUGAAGAAUGGUAUUCAUUUGAUGAUGAACGUGUGGAUCGAAUAGAUGAUGUGAUGCGCAAGAAAAAGUGGGGGUAUAUCUUCUUCUACCGCGCAAAGGACAAUUUGAAAUGGCUCUUGUGA